AAGUCGCUCUGUCAGUCAACUUCGAUCAAUCACACACGUGUGUUGUUUUGUUGUGCUUGCCGCAUGAAAUCUUCCUAAUUUUUUUUUAUACCUCGAAAACCCUUUAUUGAUCAUAUUUGAUUGCUUAAAUAAUAUGAUAUCAGACUUGUAGAAAAACUGAACUAUGGCUCACAUAUCUUAUCCUUUUAAAAAAACAAACAGGGCAGCCUUCCAAAAACCUGCCUCUGCGGUCACACAAGAUUCUCGUUAUUGGAAGUUAUUAGGCUCACCAGUUUUAAUCAAGGAAUUUGGUGCUAUAGAUUACCUCGACUUCAGUCCUGUAGAACCAUAUUACUUCGCUGCGACAUGUUCAGUCAGGGUUCAGGUUUAUGAUCCUAUAACAAAAGUAGUUGCCAAAAACAUUUCAAAAUUUGUGGAAGCUGCAUAUGGAGCAACUUUCCGGUCUGAUGGCCGGCUGCUGGCGGCUGGCAGUGAGGAUGCUGUUAUUAAACUCUUUGAUGUCAAUUCUAAGAAUGUGCUUAGGGUAUUCACUGGGCAUACAGGACCUGUCCACAGAACAUUCUUCACAAAGGAUCAAGUAAAAAUUAUAAGUUUCUCUGAUGACAAGUCAGUCAAUCUAUGGGACAUAGCAACUGAAGCAAAAGUGACCAGUUUUUUAGAACAUACUGACUAUGUCAGAGCUGGAGCACCAAGCCCUAUUUCACCAGAAAUAAUCCUUUCUGGAGGGUAUGACCAUAUAGUCAAAAUGUAUGAUUGUAGAUCAAAUGAAACAGUUUUAACUACAAAUCAUGGAAGUCCAGUAGAAUCACUGCUUUUCUUACCUUCUGGUGGUAUAUUUAUUAGUGCUGGUGGAACAGAAAUUAAAGUUUGGGAUAUAUUCAAUGGUGGAAAAUUGUUAGCGAAUAUUUCUCAACAUCACAAAACUGUCACUACAUUACGACUUGCAAGUAAUGGCAGCAGACUUUUGUCAGCUUCACUUGAUAGACAUGUCAAAGUUUAUGAUGUUUCAACUUUCAAGACAGUCCACAACAUUGAUUUUCCUAAUGCUGUUCUUAGUAUGGCUAUAUCAGAGCAAGAUGACACUUUAGCAGUUGGUAUGGUUGAUGGGGUGAUAUCAGUUCGGAGAAGAGAAAAGCCUGUAAAACAAAUUGAGGAAAAGAAAGGUUUAUUUAAAUUUGCACCAGAUCAUUUCCAACCCCAAGUAACUACAGUUGAUACUGUUGUAAAAAAACAGAAAGCACCCAAAGAAGAUGAGUUUGACAAGUUCUUGAGGAAACGAUCUUAUAGCAAAGCCUUAAGUUGUGUCCUCGCUAAGUUAGGACUUAAAAAUACAGAUCAAAUUGCAGCUGCGUUGCAGGAAUUGAUGAGAAGACAAGUAUUAAAUGUUGCCAUCAGUGGUCUACAAGAAAAAGGUCUUGAAAGGCUUCUUAAAUACUUAAGAAGGAAUUUAGGUGACACUAGAUUCACAAGAACUGUGAUUGAUGCAAGUAAUGUCUUCAUAGAUGUGUUUGAAAAGGAAAUAAAUACAUUUUCGGAAUCUAAUUUACUUUUAUAUACAUUGUUACAAAGGGAAGUGAAAAAUGAAAUAGAAGUUUGUAAAAAAAUAUGUGAAUUGGAAGGUGCUAUUGGAAUGUUGUUAUCUGCAGGUCAUGUAACUUCAAGUAGAGAUGUGCUAGACUUGAAUGAUGCAUUAGCCCCUUCAGCUAAAGCCAUGGCUGAAAUUGUUAUUGAUGUCUGAAAAUAAAAUAUAGUUUAUUAAUAUUGAAUAGA